AUGACUUCUAACCUUGGUGCAGACCACCUUGUUUCAGGGCUUACAGGUGAAAUGACAAUGCAAGUGGCUCGAGACAACGCAAUGAAAGAUGCGAAAAAACAUUUCAGGCCAGAGCUGUUAAACAGAUUGGAUGAGAUAGUUAUGUUUCAUCCUUUGUCCCACGAGCAUUUGGCAAAAAUUGUUCAACUCCAAGUGAAGAAUGUUAGGCCUAUUAGAAGAUGGCUAGAGAGGAAAGUGGUCACAGAUAUAUCAAUGAUGAUUGUGCGAGAAGAAAUCGGUGACGAUUCCAUUGUGUGCAUUGAUGUAAACGAGGCUAAAACUGAUCUUGUCUACCGAAUAGAUAAAAAUGUUUUUGUGAAGAUAGAGCAAACAUUAGAUGUUGUGAUUCAUUCAGGGAAUAAGAGAGGAAGAAGCAAUGACGAAGAUCACAUCGUCACUUUAACCAAAAAAAUAAAAAAUGAAGUCGUAGUGAUAGAUUGA